GGGUACAAUGAUUGAGACUCUCUCGCUCUGUUCUUUGUGAACAGGGAACGGCAUCCGACGAGGGCACGGGGGAUUUGGCGGGAGUUUCCCUCGAGUCGUCUGUUCUCUUCUCGUCGUCUGCCCGAUCUCGCGGUCACUGAGAUCAGAAAGGGCAAGGAGGCGACGACGACGAUCCCGUUUCUUCCUUCCGUUUUUUUUCUCUCUUUUUGGCGUCUCGAUUUCCCCUGUCCAACCACCGACAGCUUCCCACGCGCCUUCUCCGCUUCCGUUCCAACUCACCGUACCCAACACCUAAAUCCUAGGCCGUUCAUUUCUUUUUCUCUCUCUUCUUGCGCAACUCUUCCCGAAGCCCUUUGGUUGUUCUCUACUCUUCAUUCUUCUUUCUUCCUAUACUUCUUCUUCUGCUGCUGCUGCAGUGGGGAAAAGAGAUGGCGGGAAGCGGCUACGGAGAUGUGGCGCAGAAGGUGGACUAUGUGUUCAAGAUCGUACUUAUCGGCGAUUCGGCCGUCGGAAAAUCGCAGAUCCUCGCUCGGUUCGCCAGGGACGAGUUCAGCCUCGACUCCAAGGCCACCAUCGGGGUCGAGUUCCAGACGAGGACGCUCGUCAUUCAGCACAAGAAUGUCAAGGCUCAAAUCUGGGACACCGCUGGCCAGGAGAGAUACCGUGCAGUCACAAGUGCAUAUUACAGAGGUGCUGUCGGGGCCAUGCUAGUUUACGACAUAACCAAGCGCCAAACUUUUGAUCACAUACCAAGGUGGCUAGAAGAGCUGCGAAGCCACGCUGACAAGAACAUCGUCAUCAUACUGGCAGGAAAUAAAUGUGAUCUGGAAGAUCAAAGAGUUGUGCCUGCAGAAGAUGCACAAGAAUUUGCACAGAGGGAAGGCCUGUUCUUUUUGGAAACCUCUGCACUCAAUGCAACAAAUGUGGAAUCUGCCUUCUUAACUGUACUAACUGAGAUUUUCAAUAUUGUCAACAAGAAAAACUUGGUUGCAGGAGAAAAUCAAGCAAAUGGGCAUCCUUCAUCGCUUGCAGGAAAGAAGAUCGUUAUCCCUGGGCCAGCACAAGAAAUCCCCGCCAAGGGCAAGAUGUGCUGUAGUUCAUAAUUCGUCUCUAUUUUCCUUUUCGGUGGUGUGGUUUCACUUCAGUUUUGCGGUAUGGACUAUUAGAGGAUUCCAGUGAUCCUUGCGUCUAUUGUAAAUCUCUAUUUGUUUUAUGAUCCGUUGAGGCAUUUUAUCUGAACCUGGAGGAGAAUUUGUUGGUUAAAGAACUCGCUGCCUGACUAGGAAGCCCUGUGAAAAGAUUUCAUGGUCAAUUGGUUUGUCUUGGCAAA